UUCAGCUUAGUAUAAGAGAAUUAGUAGUAGUAGUAGUUUUAUAGAUAAACAUUUUGCUUAAUUUAAAUUUAUAGUAAAAGUUUGGUGAAAAUUACUAGCACGAUAAAAUGGAUAUUGAACAAACGACUCCAGAAGUCAGCACGGCUCAUACAGUAGAUCUGAACAAUGACCGCUUGGACUGCGAGCAUCUUGACGAGCUAACCGAAAGGUGGGUGGAUCCAAAUAGACCCUCCUUUAUUACGGUGCUGUUGCGCUUCUUCGGCAACAUCUUUGUGGAUUGCUUCAGAGCCAUAUUUUCUUAAAAAUCUAAGAUAUGUACCAUAAUUAAAAUUUUGGAAAAUAAAUAUACAAUUUCUUUA